CCAUCUUCCUCUCCACUUUCCUUCAUUUUCCUCUCUCACUUUCUCUCUGAUCCUAACCCCUCUCUCUCUCUCUCUUUCUCUUUAACUUUCCUUUCUGAGCUGAGCAAAUUCAAAGACCAAAGACACAAUAGCAGCCUUUUCUGGGCUUCUGAUUGUAGACUUUUCUCUCAAGUCUCAACCUUUCCUCCAAAAAACAAACAAUUUUAGGUUGUUUUUCCCACCUUAAUUCUGGUUUUUCUUGAUCAUUCUAGGGGUUCAUCUCCAAUUCUCUGCCAUGGAGAAAGACAGCAUGUUCUUGAGCGAUGAGAGCACAAUGCCAUAUGAACUGCACAACUGUUUCUUCAAUCCUAAUUGGGAGAACCCAAUGGAUCAGAGGGACUUGUUGGGGUCUUCUCUAAGCUCAAUGGUGUCCUCUCCUACUAAUAAUGGUGAAAAUGGGAAUUUUGUGCUGAGAGAAUUGAUUGGGAGACUGGGUGAAAUUUCCCCUUCCUAUGCUGAUAACACUUCCUGUUACAACACCCCAUUGAGCUCACCCCCAAAGCUCAGCAAUAUUUCAAUGGUGGAUCAUCAGAUCAGGGCCACCUUGCCAUUCCCACAGUUCUCCACUGACCCUGGGUUUGCAGAGAGAGCUGCAAAGUUUUCGUGUUUUGCUAACGGGGCCGGGGUGAUGAGCCCCGGAUUGAAAGACCCCGAAUUGCAGCACAGAAUGGUUCACAAUUUGGAAACUGGCAAGCUUUCCAGAGUUCCCAGUAAUCAGUCUAUCAAGGCCUCUGGAUCUCAGAUGGCUGAGAAGUCAGAAUUGGGCGAUUCCCGGGAGAAUUCUUCGGUUUCUGAGCAGAUCCCGGGAGGGGAAACCGCCAAUUCAAGAAAGAGGAAAGCAGCUCCCAAGGAAAAAGGCAAAGAGACAACUAAUGUUGUAUCAGAGAACAAAGAAUCGAGCGCCAAACGGAACAAACCCGAAGAGGAUGCAAACAAGAAACAGAACAGUAAAGACAAUCCAAAGCCACCAGAGGCACCAAAGGACUACAUUCAUGUCAGAGCAAGAAGGGGUCAAGCCACUGAUGCUCACAGUCUAGCUGAAAGAGUCAGAAGAGAAAAAAUCAGUGAAAGAAUGAAACUUUUACAAGAUCUUGUGCCUGGCUGCAACAAGGUGACUGGAAAAGCUGUAAUGCUUGAUGAGAUCAUAAACUACGUGCAAUCAUUGCAACGACAGGUUGAGUUUCUUUCGAUGAAGUUGGCCACAGUGAAUCCAGCAAUGGACUCCAACAUGGGAGCUCUUCUAUCCAAGGAUAUCGUUCUCCAAUCCCGCGGAUCAGUGCAUCACAACAUGUUCCCAACAGAUGCAUCCUAUGGGCAAAAUUUCAUGUCCCCGAUAACCUCAUUGAACAGAAACCUAGGCAUCGCGGCAUUGCCUCCUCCUAUGGGAAAUUUUGUUGAAAAUCCCUCUCAGGUUUCGACGUUCUUUGAGAAUGACCUCAACAAUGUUGUCCAAAUGUGCAUUGGCCAAAACCAGGCUGAGAAUGUUCAUGGGGAAAUGCAGGAGCUCAAAUGAAAGUAGAGAUAUGAUGAGAUGAGAUCAGAUAAUAUUCAAAGUUUCAAACCAUUCAUUUUUGAGGCCACCCCAAAAUGACAGAGGCUUCUGUAUGUACAGAUCACAGACUUGGAACUUGGAAGUUCACUCAAGAUCAUUAUUUUUCUCUUCUAUUCUUUUUUUUCUAUAUUUUUAGGUCAUUAAUCAAGGAAACCAUGAUUUUAUUCUUAAUUUUUUUUUAAUAUUUUCAUUUUAUGGGUUAACUUCUGACAACAUAAAUUGGAGAAAAAAUUACAGACCAGAUGGUUGUAAGAAGUUGUGAAAUUUUUACAUUGUAACAUAUUGUAGAAUUGUAUUAUUUCUUUGCCCUUCAAAUUUUUAUCACUAAUUUAUUGGCUAUAGAUCAUGGGAUUCCUUGUU